GCGGCUCGGGCCGGGCGCGGUGUGCCGGCGGUGUGCUUGCAGGCGUACUCGGUGUGUCUGGAGGGCUUCCUGCUCGGCAAGGCGCGGUACAGCCAGCUCCGCCGGUGGGACACGCAGGGAGGAUGUGCCUGGUCAUCUCAGUGAUGGGCUGUUAGAAAGGCAGAGCUGCUGCUUGUGUGGCACCCGUGUUUGCAGGGUGAAAUCCAGCAACAAAUGAGAAGCAAAUCCGAAGAAAGCCAAGAGAUGUGACAGAAGGGUAUGGAUACAUUUAAGAUCCAAACCCAGAGAGCUUUUUUGGAUGUUUACCUUGCUGAUGGCAGCAAUAUUAGACUUGAGAUCCAGACAUCAGACACUGCAGAAAGAAUAUUAGAGGCCCUUUUGCUCAGUAGCUGCUUGAAGAAAAUGGUAUUAGAGCAGAUGAUAAAGGCAGCCAAAGAAGGCCAAGAAACUGAGAUGAAGAUGCCUGAAUCCAUGAUAAAUAGUAAGAAAUCCAGCAUCCAACAAAAGCAGGUAGUUCAUUUGGGUUUUAUUGGUUAGGCCAAAUGAAGAUGACUGUAUUUGAGAAAAUAGGAGAAGAGAACCUGCAAUAAUUUAUUUUGGAUAACUUCUUUCAAAAUUAAUUGUCUGGGAAUAAUAAAGCUAUUGUUGAAACUUUGAACUAUAA